CGCCAAGUCUCAACGGAAGUAGGUACGUGGCCGCUUCAGCUGACAGUCUACAUGAUGGCGACAGAGGUUCAGAGCGGCGACCUCGACAGCGCUACUUCCAGCCGGCUCGAAGUUUCCAUCGAUGGCCUCACCCUCAGUCCCGACCCGGAGGGCGAGCAGGGCCAGGUCGAGGAGCCGGACCCGAAACCCGCGGAACCCGAGACCGAUACGCCGGGAGCCGCUGAGGGCGAAGAUGGAGAGACUGCCAGAUCUGCGAUAGAGAGGAAAUGGGGCUUUCCUCUACAAGAGCUGUACGGGAUGGCGCUUAAAUUUUUCAAAGAUAAAGAUGGCAAAGCUUUCCACCCGACCUAUGAGGAGAAGCUCCGACUGGUGGCUCUGCACAAACAGGUGUUACUGGGCCCUUAUAAUCCAGAUGCCUCACCCGAGGUUGGCUUCUUUGAUGUCCUAGGCAACGACCGCAGGAAAGAGUGGGCCUCCCUGGGUAACAUGGAGAAGGAGGAAGCCAUGGUGGAGUUUGUCAAGAUGCUUAACAAGUGCUGUAACCUUUUUGCUCCUUAUGUCACCUCACACAAGAUAGAAAGGGAGGAGCAGGAGAGGAAAAGGAAAGAGGAAGAGGAGCGUCAGAGGAGGGAAGAGGAGGAGAGGGAGCGGCAAAGGCAGGAGGAAGAGAGACGGAGGCUUGAGGAAGAGGAAAGGCUGAGGAGAGAGGAAGAGGAAAGGAGACAGGCAGAGGAGGAGAGGCUACGGAUUGAGCAGCAGAAACAACAGAUAAUGGCAGCACUGAAUGCCCAGACAGCAGUGCAGUUCCAACAGUAUGCUGCCCAGCAAUACCCCAACAGCCCCGAGCAACAGCUGGGCCUCAUCCGUCAGCUCCAGGAGCAGCACUACCAGCAGUACAUGCAGCAGCUCUACCAGGUCCAGCUGGCCCAGCAACAGGCGGCCUUACAGAAGCAGCAGCAGCAGGCUGAUUCAGUGGUGCAGGGGACGUUGGAAUCUAGCAACUUCAACAGCGGUCGAAGCAUCCCCGCCACAGCAGCGGGACCGUUGUGUGCAGCUUCACCACCUGCCGGCGAGGAAGCCCCUACGGUCAACGGAGGGCAGUCAGACUCGUACUCAGAGAGCAUGGACCGGGAGCCAGAGCCUGAACCAGCAGAGGAGGUCUCCGAGAAUGGACCGUUAUUAGCUGACUCCCCACCGGUCAUAGCUGCCCCCUCCAUGUGGACACGGCCACAGAUCAAGGACUUCAAGGAGAAAAUCCGGCAGGACGCAGACAGCGUGAUCACGGUGGGGCGCGGCGAGGUGGUGACGGUACGCGUGCCCACCCACGAGGAGGGCUCCUACCUGUUCUGGGAGUUUGCCACAGACUACUACGACAUCGGCUUCGGGGUCUUCUUCGAGUGGACGGAUGCCGCCUCUGCUUCAGUCAGCGUGCACGUGUCAGAGUCCAGUGACGAGGAUGAGGAUGAUGAAGGUGACCCUCCCAAUGAGGAAGAGAAGGCAAAGAAAGAGGCAGGGAAGCCCCAGGUGGAUGAGAUUGUGCCGGUGUACCGGCGGGACUGUCACGAGGAGGUGUACGCCGGCAGCCACCAGUACCCCGGCCGCGGAGUCUACCUGCUCAAGUUUGACAACUCCUAUUCACUCUGGCGCUCCAAGAGUGUUUACUACAGAGUGUACUACACCAGAUAAGCCUGAAUACAGACACAGGGGGAGCCAAGGAGUGUGUAUGUUCAUAUAUUUGUGUGUGUGUGUGUGUGUGUAGGUGGAGAUUUGUGCGAUGGCAGCCUGUAUGUGUGCGUGUGCAUGUGUGUGACGGAGAACGUGAUACCAGAUAUAUUCUGGACAAAACCACCAGAGGGUGACAAAGAGACACAUCUGGAGCCCUAGUCUGGAGAUUCGACUAAUAUCUAUGUACUGUAUGUGUAUGCGUGUCCCACCCAAGAUACACCCAUUCUAGAUCCUGUCAUCGAACCCCUGGAAGAGGAGUGUGUAUCCCUGUUGUAUAUUCACCACCUGUCCUCGCUGCGCUCACACACCAAGCUGUAGGACUUUGCUCUCAUAUUGUAUUUUACCAUUUUCCAUCCCGGGCUCCUCUUCUGUUGGCCCCAGCCCAACACUGUCCAAACGUGGCCUUGUGGCUGCUUCUGCCCCCCCGCCCCCGAAAACAACGCUUUCAUAACCAUGAACGGAAACCAGGCGACUCCAGCGCUCUGCAAGCCAAACAUUUUCCUGUUUGGUGGUAAUAGUGGUUGUGUAUCCCACGAGAACACAGACAAUGUUGAAAAUCAAAUUAUAUUGCAAAAUGUACUUCAUAACACUAUGCCUUUGUUCCACAGAGAGUUUCUGGUCUUUGCCAAGUCUCACUCACACAUUAAAAACACCAGUGUACACAAACUUAAUCAUCCUUUUUGUUGUAAAACAGUAGCCUGUUAUUCUCUUCCAUAGCUACCAUUGCAUAUAUGAAGAUCUGAGAGGAUGUUUAGUGGAAGCAGUGCUCUUUUGGCUUAUUCCCAUGCAGACACAGUCUGUUUUCACCUUUAUUUCUUGAUACGGUCUUUAUGACACAGUUUACCAAGAUUAGUUUUUUUUAGUUUAAAGUUUAUCUGCAAACUUUAUGAAGGACAGGCAAGAAGUCAUUGCAUGAUUUAGGGUAAACUCCAAAUGAAGUCAUGGGUGUUAAGUGAGUGUGUACAAAAUAACGUGCACUAAUGGCUGUGGGCUUUCUGGCUUUACAAACUCAAGCAUCUCACUGUGUGAUACAGAAUAAGAGGUUAAAUAGAGAUUACUUAAUAAAUGUUUGUUCUCCCUUUCUACACAUAUGCUUUUCUGCGUGAUGCUGUUUCAGUUUUUUUUCACCUUCGAGCAGUUGCUUCUCGACAGUUCCUGUUUGUAUGGUUACACACCACACACAUGAAAUCAUCAGUCGUCCUUUUGCCCAUCAGUUCUUCACACAAGAAUGAAGAAGGAGGACAUAGUAUUAAGACAGAUGUUAUAUUAAUAUUAGCUGGGAGGUUUUGUGUUGAUUGUUCUGUGUGUUGGGAGUUGCUGUACUCAGCUCUGACACAUCUAACAAUAAUAAAUUCCAUGUUUUGGAGGUCAUAACACACUGUUACAUCUCUGCAGCACUCAAAGAUCCACAACACAAAAUAACAGUGCUGGUAUUCUGUUUUUCUUCUUUUUUUUCUUCCUGGUAUGAAUCAACUCAACUUGGCACCUCAAACAUCGUAUCGUGAAUAAACAGAUUAUAAAGAUUUAUAAUUGUGUCUUGGGUGACGUGGUUGCUUACUAACUUGGUUGUGACCUCUAAAUGUAUUCAGCUUUUUUUCCUCCUUUUUUAAAAAUGUUGUUGCCAUAAUUUAGAUUCAUUCUGUUCAGUUUCACAUUGAAUAUGCAUGUUUUGUGUACCACCCAGGUGCAUUAUGAGCAGUGCUGUAUCAAUUGUAUCCUGUCUGAAUCUGAAUGAUGGUUGUUGAAUUGGGGGUGUGUCUUCAAUGGGAGUCAGAGACAUUUGGUUUCACUUUAUCACUCAGCUGAAUUUGUACAUUUUUACGUCCGUGUGCAACCAAGCUUUUAAAGACACAGAGGUGGAAUAUCUUGCAAGUUGAGUACUCCUGCAACGUCCAUGCUGAGUGUCUCUUUGUCAUUUUAUUUAAUUUGAGGCUGUUCACGCCUCCUUAUCCAUUCAGUGAUUUUGUGUAACUAAAUGUCACUACCUAUGGCUCAACCAGGCUGUAAAGUUCAAGCAAGUUCCCAUUAUCUUCUGACAUGUGAUGUUUUGUUUUUCUUUAAGUUACUUAUCGCUCACCAAAUUGUUUGAGUUGACUUGUUCAAGCCUUGUAUGUAAAUAAUUCUAAAAAUGAGUUUAUGUAUGGGUUUUUAGACGUGGAAGAAGGCUAUGGUUGUGAGAAUCAAUGCACUGUAAAAUAUGGUGAAUGAGAUAUAUGUAUACAUUUUACCCCGAAUGAAAGUCCAAAAUUUGUAGGAAGUACGAAACCGUAAGACAGACAGAGAGGCUCAUCUUUUUUGUAUUGUUUUGACUUGUUUGGAUCUCUUAUGAGUUGCAAGAUCUUUUUGGGCAUAUAUUUAAUCUUGAUUAAACUUAUGUUCAUCUCUAGAACUGGA